AUGAGUCUGUACGACAGUUUGAUAUUAAAUGGGGUGAUCACAAUGGAGUUUGUGAGAUCUGAAAGGAAUAUUGCAGAUCCUUUCACAAAGGGCCUAAAUAGAAAGGACAUCCUUGAUACAUCAAGGGAAAUGGGUCUAGAACCCAACGAGGUCUGGUGGGUGGUAGCGGUGGCCACUGGCCGGUGUGCUGUGACGGUGGCCGUAGCUGGUAAUGAAGCAUUGUUUGGUGGAUUUACGGUUUGCUCUCCAUCAACACCUAUUAAUAUACUCAACCAAGUUAAUGUUCGUCAAAGUCCAUUCAAAGAGAAUAAUGUGGAAACUGGAGCAACAUCAUUAAAUACAAUCACAAACGUUGCUAGCAACCCAAGUUUAUAUGAUUUGAACAGUACAAUUGAACCAUUCACACCUUCCACUGUCGUCACAAAUUAUCAUUAUUUUGACCUUGGAGAUGCGGCUCAUUCGUGUAAUUAUUGUGGGGCUUUAUUUUGGUGGAAAGAGUGCUCAAAUCAAAAUGUAUCACGCACAUUGCCAAAAUACACAAAGUGUUGCUAUGAGGGCAAAAUCCAAUUACCUCGCAUGAAGGAUCCUCCUCGUGUGCUCGAGAGCCUUUACUUUGAUGAUACUGAACGGAGUAGACACUUCCUCGAUAAUAUUCGAAGGUAUAACAACAUGUUUUGCUUCACGUCUCUGGGCGGUAAAGUCGAUAGGUCCCUCAACACCGGUAAUGUUCCUCCAGUGUUUAAGAUUAGUGGUCAAAAUUAUCACUUGAUUGGAAGCUUGGUUCCAACAGAAGGGUCGAUCCCAAAAUUUGCGCAACUAUAUAUUUACGACAUAGAUAAUGAGAUUAACAAUCGCAUCAAUUCUGUCAGAGAGGAUAGUAACUCAAGGGAUAUCAAUGAAGAGAUUGUUGUCGAAUUAAAGAAUAUGCUAGACCAAAAUAAUGUCUUGGUCAACUGUUUCAGAAUGGCAAGAACUGAGAUCCAAUCUAACCCAGUUGUUGAGGUUAAGAUGAAUUUAAUAGGCAAGCGGAGCAAAGAUGGAAGGACCUACAAUUUACCUACUGCUCAUGAGGUAGCUGCACUUAUUGUCGGGGAUCUAGACCCAUUAAUGAGUGAUUUAGACAUAUUGAUUGAGACCAGGACUGGGCAAUUGAAGAGAAUAAAUCGAUUGAACCUUGCAUAUCUGCCGUUACAGUACCCUUUGUUGUUCCCCUACGACGAAGAUGGUUAUCGCGAAGAUAUUAUAUUCUCUGAUGCAUGGCGCGAACAUCAUCCUGGUGGCAGGAUAAGAAUUAGCCCCAAAGAGUAUUUCUCAUUUUAUAUACAUGAGAAAGUGAAUGAGAAGCAUACAUUGUUGUAUUCUAGGAGGUUAUUCCAACAAUUCUUGGUUGAUGCAUAUACAAUGAUCGAAUAUGCACGCUUGGUAUACAUUAGAACUCAUCAGAAGUCAUUGAGAUGUGAAGCUUAUCAGGGGUUGAGUGAUGCGUUGACAAGAGGAGAAUUAGACCCCACAGCUCGAGGUAAAAGAAUUAUACUCCCAUCAACAUUCACAGGUGGAGCUAGGUAUAUGAUUCAGAAUUAUCAAGAUGCAAUGGCAAUAUGCAAACACAUCGGUUAUCCACACAUAUUCAUUACAUUCACCAGCAACCCAAAGUGGCCUGAGAUUGAGCGUAUGUUUCACACCGUGGCCUUAAAGCAGGGGAUAGACCUGACAUCGUUUGUCGCGUGUUUAAGAUGA